UAACUCAAAUGUGACUGGUUGUUGCUCUCACAGAUGUUUCCCUGGUCAGUAGUGUUUUCCCUGGAGCCGAAGGUUCCCGGCCAGCGCACUCCAGAGGAGCUGGUGACCAACACUUUGAUGCUGGAGCUGGGUGCCAUGGUGAAACGGACCGAGCGAAUCCAUCUGGAGAAGGCAGCAGAAAGUCGCAGACGCCGCAGCUCGUCCUCGGCAGACUACAGCUGGCUGGCCGGCUCUCAGCCACACGUCUCCUACGAGCUCACGCCAGGAGAUGUGCUGGAGCUGCAGGACCUCUGCGCUCAGAUCCCACCUCAACAGUGUGGGCCGGUCAUUGUCAGUUUCAGGAAACUAGUGUCAGAGUUUGAGCCUGAGGUGCACGAGGUCCCCAAACUGUUCCGGGGGGUCCUAAGAAACUGCCUGGAUGAGCUUCAGGGAGAUGCAGAGCUUCAGGAUGGGGUGAACCGUUGGGAACAAAAGCGCAGCAAGAGCCUCUCCUUCGUCACGUUCCGAUCCAAGUUCCGCACCCUGAACCGUGGAAAUUUUUAUGAUACUUUGCUUACAAAAAGUGGUGGAAUAAUGUAGAUAAAAUAAUAUUUAUAUUUUAGUGCAAAUACACAAUCGGUUAAUUGUACACCAUUUUUAAGUAAUAAUACUCUUUUUUUGUUUUAAUAUUUCAACAAAAAAUUAACAAAUUAACAAUAAAACCCUCAAAAGAUGAAAAUUGCUGAAUUUUUUAAAACAUUGUCAGCUUAAUUUCUAUUAUGCAUUGUUAUCUUUUCAUUUUGGGGAAACAUAUUCUCACCAUGUUUUGUGAUUCGCUCCACAAAAUCUCUACAGCCACAGCGAGAGAAAAAAAAAGCAACAUUAGCCAUAAUCAGUUUCUCAGAUGUGUUUUAAUAUGUACUGUUUGUCCUUACAUUACAACAGUGCUCAGUUUAUACAAGAGAUGCAGACCAUUCAGCUAAAAAAAGCCUGGAAACAAGAGUCUUCAUAAAAAGUGCUCAUUAAAUAAUACACUGUACAUUGAUCAUGAGUUUGAGAUUUUUGUGGCGUGUGUGGGAGAGAGAAAGUCUGUGAUUUACCAAAUUAGAGAGUUUGACCUUGAAAGCGCUGCUUCUAAAUGAAGAAAACAUCAUCUCGCCAGCUCCCUCUCCUGUUUCAUUAUUCACAGCAUCACAGCAUGAAGGAGCUGAUCUUCAGUUCUUUGUGCAGGUGGCCAAUAGUUCAUCAGGCCAAAGUUGCUCCUCACAAAUGAAGGAAACGCAUACAGCGCUCAUUUCUCAGAGUACCGAUCGGUUUCAUUACCAGACGUUCAGCUCUAGAACAACCAACACAUGCAACUUCCUCUGCACUGACCUGGAACAAAACACGUCCUGAUGUAAUGAAUGAGCAGUUUAUAACUUUAGACCCAUCUGGAGUCUCUUUGUGAUCUAUUCAAUUCUAUAGUAUUGUAUAAAACACUGGUCUUCAUUCGCACCUUGUUUAUUCCUGCACAAAGCAAAAUCAUAAGACCAGGCUACUUCCUCUAACUCCUCCUUGUGCAUUUGGCAGAAUCAAACUCAAAAAAAGAAACUGAA